AUGAUUGAUUGCGAGGGCCAGCAAGUAGUAGUUCGAACCCCAAGUGGGGGAGAACUGAUUAUAUAUGGCGAGGGCACCAGAGCGGGAUCAGGGUUUUCUUCAGCUGCCAGGGCUCGGCAGUACAUUCAGCACGGGUGUGCGGGUUAUCUAGCAUAUGUGGUAGAUACGCGAGUCAGGGAUCAGAUUUCGGUGUCCGAUGUAUCGGUGGUCAGGGAGUUUGCAGAUGUGUUUCCGGAGGAGUUGCCAUGGAUACCUCCGGAGAGGCAGGUCGAGUUCAGGAUCGACCUGGUGCCAGGUGCGGCCCCUGUCGCUAAGGCGCCGUACCGAUUGGCACCACCAGAGAUGCAGGAGCUAUCGUCGCAGCUACAGGAACUGUUGGGCAAGCAGUUCAUUCGACCUAGCAGUUCUCCAUGGGGAGCACCGAUUCUUUUUGUCCGGAAGAAGGACGGUUCGCACCGGAUGUGCAUUGAUUACCGGGAGUUGAAUAAUUUAACGGUGAAGAACCGUUACCCACUCCCGAGGAUAGACGAUCUCUUUGAUCAGUUGCAGGGCGCAUCUUGGUUUUCCAAGAUAGACUUGAGGUCUGGGUAUCAUCAGGUCAGGGUCAGAGAGGAGGAUGUGGAGAAGACCGCGUUCCGAACUCGAUAUGGACAUUACGAGUUUGUGGUGAUGCCGUUUGGGCUCACCAACGCGCCAGCAGUAUUUAUGGACCUGAUGAAUCGGGUCUGCAGACCGAUGCUUGAUCGCUCGCUCAUAGUGUUUAUAGAUGAUAUCUUGGUGUACUCCAAGACCCGAGAGCAGCAUGAGGAGCAUCUGCGAGAGUUAUUGGGAGUUCUGAGACGAGAACGGCUGUACGCCAAGUUCUCGAAGUAUGAGUUUUGGUUACGAGAGGUCCAGUUCCUCGGGCAUCUCGUUAACCAGGAGGGGAUUUUGGUCGAUCCAGCCAAGAUCAAGGCGGUUAUGCAGUGGGAGAUUCUGAAAUCUCCCUCAGAUAUUAGGAGCUUUCUGGGAUUGGCAGGGUACUACCGAAGGUUCAUACGAGAUUUCUCCAAGAUUUCAGUACCCCUCACUCGUCUGACGAGGAAGGGGGUGGAUUUUUGGUGGGGUCCGGAGCAGCAGAGGGCGUUUGAGACCCUCCAUCAGCGUUUGUGUGAAGCACCAGUGUUGACACUCCCGGAGGGAGUUGAGGAUUUUGUGGUGUUCUGUGAUACAUCCAAAACUUGA